CCACACUGGGAAAUCAAACCCGCCUGGAGCUGUCAUUGACUGUCCGUCAAUAGCCAAUGAAAAGCGUAUGACAGGCCUUUGUAAUGAAAAGGAUUAAGUGGCAGUCUAUCGAACUCCUCCUACCAAAUUAUCCAACUGUGCCCUGGCGAGAGGCUGCAACAAAUAGGCGAAACGGUGUGCUCCCAGCCAGCAAGCUACAAUCCGAGCAGCAAGGAUCUGAGGAGUCAGGGGAAUGCGGUUAAAAUCGCCCUAACAUCAUUGUUUGCCCGUUAUUCCUAACCAGUCUGCAGGGACUCCUUCUCUCACUGCCUGGUCCCCAGCAGCAGCCAGUAACGAUCAUCUCCCCCGGGCGCUAGAGAAUUUGACGUGUUGUACAUCCUCCCCCCCCGCCCCCCUACCCCUCCACCACCAUCAGAGAUUAGCAGUUUAUUUUUUUCUCUCUCUCUUUCUCUCUCUGUCUAAUUGUCUUGUAGCAGUUUCUUCCAUGGUUUAAGCUGGGGUCUGUAUGGAAGUGCUAAGAGCCAGGGCCGAGGAAGACACGUGUACUUUCCGUCAAUCAGCGAUGCUUUUCCACGGAAUCUCUGGGGGCGAGAUCCAGGGAAUCAUGGAGGAAAUGGAAAGGAGAUCCAAGACGGAUUCCCGGCUCGCCAAAGGAGUGCAGAUGAACGGACGGGAAACGAACAUGCCUUCCAUUAACUCGGACAAACCCGCUCUGUGCGCAGGCUGCGGCGGUAAAAUCGCAGAUAGGUACUACCUGCUUGCUGUAGACAAACAGUGGCACCUAAGGUGUCUCAAGUGCUGUGAAUGUAAACUCGCCCUGGAGUCCGAAUUAACCUGUUUCGCCAAGGAUGGCAGCAUUUACUGUAAAGAGGACUAUUACAGGUUUUCUGUCCAACGCUGUUCGCGUUGCCACCUCGGAAUAUCCGCCUCUGAAAUGGUCAUGCGAGCCAGGGACUCAGUUUAUCACUUGAGCUGUUUCACGUGUACGACUUGCAACAAAACAUUAACCACAGGCGACCACUUUGGCAUGAAAGAUAACUUGGUGUACUGCAGAGUUCACUUCGAAUCCCUGAUGCAGGGAGACUAUCACACGCAACUGAACUACACCGAGCUAGCUGCAAAGAGUGGGGGUCUCAGCUUGCCCUACUUCAAUGGGACAGGCACCGUUCAGAAGGGACGCCCCAGGAAGAGAAAAAGUCCUGCCCUCGGUGUCGAUAUCUCAACUUACAAUCCAGGCUGCAAUGAAAACGACGCGGACCACUUGGACAGGGAACAACAGUCCUACCCUCCAACCCAGAAAACCAAGCGUAUGCGCACAUCCUUCAAACAUCACCAGCUUCGCACCAUGAAGUCCUACUUCGCCAUAAACCAUAACCCAGAUGCGAAAGAUUUAAAACAGCUUGCUCAGAAAACUGGGCUCACCAAAAGAGUUUUGCAGGUUUGGUUUCAAAACGCAAGAGCCAAAUUCAGAAGGAACCUUUUGCGACAGGAGAAUGGGGGUGUUGAUAAACCUGAUGGCACAGCACUUCCCGCCCCGCCCCCAGCCGACAGGUCCGGCGCCGCUCUAAGUCCAAGCAGCACUUCGACCACUUUAACAGACUUGACCAAUCCCACUCUGUCAGUAGUGACGCCUGUGACCUCUAACCUGGACGUGCACGAAUCCGGGAGUCCGUCACAAACUACCUUAACGAACCUUUUCUAACAUUUUUUAGCAGAUUCCUUCAAAACAAAACAAAAAAAAUCCCUGGGAAGUAUUAAAAAAAGACAAAAAUAAAACAGAUCCUGUUGUGUGUAGGAUGAUUUUGUUAAAUAACUGAUAUGAAUAUAUAUUUUUUGUUUAUUGACGAAUUCUAGUUUACAGCAGUAGAAAAAGAGCAGUUUACAAAAUAAAUGUCAAUGGACUGUGCAGUGGUGACUGCGCAUGCUCGAAUAUAAUUCCAGUUUCCAGUGAUAUUUUUCCUUAAAAGCUUCCAGAUUAAAAAUUUAAAGCUCAGUUUAAUCUUACACUACUUCAGUUCUCCUCGACACUGGUCAUGUAAACAUUUUUUUUACUUCUGCUAAACGUGCCCACCAUAUUCUGACUGUCUCUACAACUGCAGGGUUGUCUUAGGGAGAGUGAGAGACUCAAAACAAAUUUAAGUUUCGCUAGAGAGCUAAUUCCAUGCGCACUCACCAGUGAACAUCUCUUCAGGCUCCUCGCUAUUGUCAUAUGUACUGGUACCGACAAUACUCAAUAAAACUCGCCUAUAUUUUACACUACCGUUCUUUGGCAGAACGAACCAUGGUGUACUGGAACUACUUUUCUCCAAUGAGAUCUAUCACAGCUUUUAUCAUGUGCCUUAUAUUUCUGAAGAAAGUCUGUGACGUGAUGUAGAUUCGUGUUCCCUUGUUUGGAAAAAAAAACAAAUGCCCUUCUGACACCUCACAAGUUUUGUAUUGUUACCUCCUUUUCUGAUAACUUUUUAAUGGGAAAGCUGUUUUUUUUUCUUUAAAAAAAACACAAAACGACGUUCGGACUUGUCCUCGAAAGCAACCAUGGACACGGUCUCUCACUAGAGUAGUUGGUAUUCCCGAUGUUACGAGGUCCUUCUAUUUGAUCUUUGUGUUUAUGAUUAGUACAGUAAGUGGUUUGAUGAGAUUGUUGAUGUUACUUUGUUUUUUUAAAAAAAUGAAACCAUUGUACAGGCGCGUUCUCCCCUUUUAAUAUUUAUGGACCAAACGUUUUGUGAUAUCUUAUUAAAAUUGUGUGAUUAAAGCAGUUUGUUUGAUCGUU